GCGGCCUGCGCGGCAUCGGAAUCUGUUGCUAGCUCCACCGAACCUUUUUCUUUCCCACCAGCCUCGGCUGUUGCAGUUGCCAUGGCUGUCCCAGAACCCCGGUCCAAUCACACCAUCUACAUUAACAAUCUGAAUGAGAAGAUCAAGAAAGAUGAGCUCAAGAAGUCUCUCUACGCCAUUUUCUCCCAGUUCGGCCAGAUCCUCGACAUCCUGGUGUCCCGCAACCUGAAGAUGAGAGGCCAGGCCUUUGUCAUCUUCAAAGAGAUAUGUAGCUCCACCAACGCCUUACGCUCCAUGCAAGGGUUCCCUUUUUAUGACAAGCCCAUGAGGAUCCAGUAUGCCAAAGCAGAUUCUGACAUCAUUGCCAAGAUGAAGGGCACUUUUGUGGAGCGGGACCGCAAGAGAGAAAAGCGCAAGCCCAAAGGCCAGGAGGCGCAAGCAGUUAAGAAGCAGAUCCCGGGAGCUGCUGCACCAGUGGCUCCUUCUGUCCAAGGCACCGUGCCUGGCAUGCCCCCCAUGAACCAAGCCCCCUGUGUGAUGCACCACAUGCCAGGGCAGCCCCCUUACAUGCCACCUCCGGGCAUGAUGCCGCCACCUGGCAUGGCACCGGGAUCCAUCCCCCCAGGGGCAAUGCCUCCCCAACAGAUGCUGCCGGGACAGAUGGCCACAGCACAGCAGCUGUCAGAGAAUCCACCGAACCACAUUCUGUUCCUCACCAACCUUCCUGAGGAGACGAAUGAGCUGAUGCUGUCCAUGCUGUUCAAUCAGUUCCCUGGCUUCAAGGAGGUACGCUUGGUGCCCGGUCGUCAUGACAUUGCCUUCGUGGAAUUUGAUAAUGAGGUGCAGGCUGGCGCUGCCCGUGAUGCCCUCCAAGGGUUCAAGAUCACCCAGAACAAUGCUAUGAAGAUCUCCUUUGCUAAGAAGUGAUGCCUCAUCCCAAGGGUGGGAUGGGGGAGUUCCUGGACUCUUUCCCUUUUUUUCUGGUUUUUGCCUGUAAAAUUGUUUGUUUCUCUAACGUCUUCUGUGAAGGUAAGUGUGGGUCUGCGUGUGCCCAUGAAUGAGCGAAAGGGAAAUAAUUCACAGCUGCACAAAAGGCAGGAGGAGCUUGUCCCAGGGUAUCUGUCCGUUGGGCGUGUGGCGUCUGAAAGGUUGCAGCCGAUUCCUUACAAAAGCAUUGUACCCAGAGUCUGACGGCCAGACAUUGCACCUGGAGCUUUUCUUUUUUGCAGUAAAAAUGUUCCUUCGUUCUUA